CCCCGCCCGCAGCCGGCUGCCCGGCCCGGCUGGCACCAUGCUGCCCGCGCGCUGCGCCCGCCUGCUCACGCCCCACUUGCUGCUCGUGUUGGUGCAGCUGUCCCUAGUUCGCGGCCACCGCACCACGGGCCCCAGGUUCCUCAUAAGCGACCGUGACCCUCAGUGCAACCUCCACUGCUCCAGGACUCAGCCCAAACCCAUCUGUGCCUCCGACGGCAGGUCCUAUGAGUCCAUGUGUGAGUACCAACGAGCCAAAUGCAGAGACCCGAAUCUGGGUGUGGUGCAUCGUGGCAGAUGCAAAGACGCUGGCCAGAGCAAGUGUCGCCUGGAGCGGGCUCAGGCCCUGGAGCAAGCCAAGAAGCCCCAGGAGGCGGUGUUUGUCCCGGAGUGCAGCGAGGAUGGCUCCUUUACCCAGGUGCAGUGCCAUACUUACACAGGGUACUGCUGGUGUGUCACCGCAGAUGGGAAGCCCAUCAGUGGCUCUUCUGUGCAGAAUAAAACUCCUGUAUGUUCAGGUUCAGUCACCGACAAGCCCUUGAGCCAGGGUAACUCAGGAAGGAAAGAUGACGGGUCGAAGCCGACACCCACGAUGGAGACUCAGCCCGUGUUCGACGGAGAUGAAAUUACAGCUCCUACUCUGUGGAUUAAGCACUUGGUAAUCAAGGACUCCAAACUGAACAACACCAAUGUAAGGAAUUCAGAGAGAGUCCAUUCAUGUGACCAGGAGAGGCAGAGCGCCCUGGAAGAGGCCAGGCAGAAUCCCCGGGAGGGCAUUGUCAUCCCCGAGUGCGCCCCCGGGGGGCUCUACAAGCCUGUGCAAUGCCACCAGUCCACUGGCUACUGCUGGUGUGUGUUGGUGGACACGGGGCGCCCGCUGCCCGGGACCUCCACGCGCUACGUGAUGCCCAGUUGUGAGAGCGAUGCCAGGGCCAAGAGUGCGGAGGUGGACGAUCCCUUCAAGGACAGGGAGCUGCCAGGCUGUCCAGAAGGGAAGAAGAUGGAAUUUAUCACCAGCCUCCUGGAUGCUCUCACCACUGACAUGGUGCAGGCCAUUAACUCAGCAGCGCCUACUGGAGGUGGGAGGUUUGCAGAACCGGACCCCAGCCACACCCUGGAGGAGCGAGUGGUGCACUGGUACUUCAGCCAGCUGGACAGCAACAGCAGCAACGACAUCAACAAGCGCGAGAUGAAGCCCUUCAAGCGCUACGUGAAGAAGAAAGCCAAGCCCAAGAAGUGCGCCCGGCGUUUCACUGACUACUGCGACCUGAACAAGGACAAGGUCAUCUCGCUGCCCGAGCUGAAGGGCUGCCUGGGUGUUAGCAAAGAAGUAGGACGCCUCGUCUAAGGAGCAGAAAACCAAAGGGCAGGUGGAGAGACCAGGGAGGCAGGACGGACCACCCUACAUCAAAACUUCCCCAGCUCCCCUGGCCCGGCCGCAUCCCGUGUGACAUAAGUGGUGCCCACCGUGUUUGCACUUUCAAUAACUCUGAUUUGCGUGUUUUCUUUUGGGUUUCAUUUUAAAACACCAGUAUCUAAUACCAGUGGGAAAAGGAAAGGGAAAAAGACUGUUUAUUCUCUCUCUUAUUGUAAGUUUUUGGAUUUGCUACUGACAACUUUGAGGGGUUUUGUUGUGGGAAGGGUGGGCGGGCGGGUGUUUGUUGUUGGGACUGAGAAGAAAGAGAUUUAUAUACUGUACAUAAAUAUAUAUGUAAAUUGUA